UUGGGUAGCGAGCGGAGGAACAAGCGCUUGCCCGCCCAGGCCUUCCGCGGCGCUUGUCCUUCUUUCUGCUCGUCUAGUGCAUGAUGGAAGCAGCAUGGCUGCUCAUCUCUCCUUGACACAGCUGUCGAGUGCAAAUCCUGUAUACGAGAAAUACUAUCGACAGGUUGAUCCAGGUAACACUGGAAGAGUUUUAGCUUCUGAUGCAGCUGUGUUUCUGAAAAAAUCAGGGCUGACAGACUUGAUUCUUGGGAAGAUUUGGGAUCUGGCCGAUACAGAUGGAAAAGGUAUUCUCAACAAACAGAAUGAUUCCACUAGCCCUUUAUCAAUUGGAGGAGCACCACUGGAUAUCCCAUGGGCUGUCAAGGUGGAAGACAAGUCCAAGUAUGAUGCUAUCUUUGACAGUCUGAACCCAGUCAAUGGGCUUCUGUCAGGUGACAAAGUGAAACCUGUUUUGCUAAACUCCAAAUUGCCAGUUGACAUCUUAGGAAGGGUGGAAGACAAGUCCAAGUAUGAUGCUAUCUUUGACAGUCUGAACCCAGUCAAUGGGCUUCUGUCAGGUGACAAAGUGAAACCUGUUUUGCUAAACUCCAAAUUGCCAGUUGACAUCUUAGGAAGGGUUUGGGAGCUAAGCGAUAUAGACCAUGAUGGAAUGUUGGAUCGAGAUGAAUUUGCUGUUGCUAUGUUUUUGGUAUACUGUGCUCUUGAGAAGGAACCUGUGCCACUAUCCUUACCUCCAACAUUGGUGCCACCUUCCAAAAGAAAAGCUCUCAGUCUUCCCAGUGCAGGGCAGUUGAUGCCGCCUUCAACAUCCAGCAAAGAAGCUCAUCAGUCCAUACCAUCAGUAGGGCUCUUGCCAUCCAAAGCACCAUCAACACAGUGGGUUGUAUCACCUGCAGACAAAGUAAAAUACCAUGAAAUCUUUCUGAAAACUGAUAAAGACAUGGAUGGUUUUGUUUCUGGUGUGGAAGCUAGAGAAUUGUUCUUGAAGACAGGCCUGCCAUCUGCAUUACUUGCACACAUCUGGGCUCUCUGUGACACAAAAGACAGUGGGAAGCUUUCAGAUGAACAGUUUAUUCUGGCAUUCCAUUUCAUCAGUCAGAAGCUGACAAAGGGCAUUGAUCCUCCUCAGGUGCUUUCUCCAGAUAUGAUCCCUCCAUCAGAGAGAAGCACUCCGCAAAAGAACACACUCGGACCAAGCCCUGUAGCAGAUUUUUCUGCAAUCAAAGAGCUGGAUACUUUAAGCAAUGAAAUAGUGGACCUUCAGAAGGAAAAGAAUAAUGUGGAACAAGACCUGAAGGAAAAAGAAGAUGCCAUCAAACAGAGGACAAGUGAGAUCCAGGAUCUUCAGGAUGAAGUAAAAAGGGAGAGCAAUAAUUUGCAGAGGCUGCUGGCUCAGAAGGAGGAAGCAGAGGAAAUUCUUAAUGGUCUUGAUGAGGAGAAAGCCAAACUGGAAGAACAGCUUAACACAAUCAGACAGAAAUGUGCUGAAGAGGCUGAUUUGAUUGCUUCUCUAAAGGCAGAAAUAACUGAUCAGGAGUCCAAAAUCUCAACAUACAAAGAUGAGUUAAAUAAAGCUCAGGAAGAGCUUAUCCAACUACAGCAGGAAACCACGGAGCUAGAAAAAUGUGUAGAGGCAGGGAAGUUACAACUAAGACCUCUUCAGCAAGAUCUUCAGGUGCAAGAAAAACUGCAUGAGCUCAAAGAAUUGGAAAGCAGCCAGUCUAGCUGGGAGGCUCAGCCACACAGCACACUACUUAAUGGGAAUGCAGAACAUUCUAGCCUCAGCAACAGCAGCAGUGAAACAGCUAACUUGAAUGAGAAUGUUGACAGAGAGAGAGCAGACACUGAACAACUAAAUCAUGAAUUUCCUGCCAGGAAUAGUCCAGAAACAGUAGAAGUGGAAGAAGAAAAAGAGGUCCUGCCACCAGUGGUUACUAAACAAGAAGAUCCAUGUGAUGAAGAAUCUCAUCAGCUCUCUGAACAGACUGCAGAAUCCACUUUAGACUUCUUUGAGUCUGACCCCUUUGAUAGUGAUCCUUUCAAAGAUGAUCCAUUUGGAAAGAUUGAUCCUUUCGGUGGUGAUCCUUUUAAAGGUUCAGAUCCUUUUGCCGCAGACUGCUUUUUCAAGCAGUCGUCCACAGAUCCUUUUGGAAGCAUCGAUCCUUUCAGUGCAACCAGCAACAACAAUAAUUCCACAAUCGAAACACUGGCACACAAUGACCCAUUUGCUCCUGGUGGAACUGCUGUGACGGUUCCAAGUGAUACAGCUACAGAUCUCUUUGCCUCUCUGUUUGGAAAUGAAUCAUUUUCAAGUGGCUUUGCUGAUUUCAGCACAUUGUCAAAGGCAAACAAUGAGGAUCCUUUUAGUUCAUCUGCAACAGGCUCUAUGCACAGUGUGAUCAUAACUAAAAAUGUAUUUGAGGAACCUCCAGCCAAAAAUGAAGAUGUUCCUCCUGCAUUACCUCCUAAAACUGGAACACCUACCAGACCUUGUCCUCCUCCACCUGGAAAAAGACCUAUCAACAAAGUGGAGCCUUCAGAUUCCUUAAAACUAAACGACCCCUUCUUCCCAGGCUGUGAUGGUUCCAAAGAACAGGAAGCUGAUCUCUUCCAUGACCCAUUUGCUCCCACUGGGGUUUGCAAAGAGAAAGACGACAGCAGCUUUGCUAGUUUCAAUGCUUAUCCUACUGAAGAAGACAUGAUUGAAUGGGCAAAAAGAGAAAGUGAGAGAGAGGAAAAAGAACGACUUGCAAGAUUAAAACAGCAAGAACAAGAAGAUUUGGAACUAGCUAUUGCACUCAGUAAAUCUGAAAUAUCAGAAGCAUGAGUUUGUCUUGCCUCAACCACUUUGUCCCUGUCCCUGAAUAGCUAAGCUAUUUGUAAUUAGGCGUUAUAUAUAAACAGGAAGUACCAGGCUUUAAAUUCCUGCAAAUGUGAUUUUGCUGUCUUAUUUGUAAUUUUUCAUAUUCACGAAUUCAUCUGACAACUCCUAAUACAGCACACUUACAUCUGUAUCUUGGAAUCCUUCUGUAGAAACCAUUAAACCAAAGCAACUUUCUAUAAUGCAAAAAGGUAUUCUCUUUUAAAACAAAAAUAUCAGUGAGGCACAAGAAUCCAUUUAUGAAUCAUAUCAAUGCUCAAAGAAAAAGCAAUCCUGUCCCCAAAGCAAGUUCAUUCUUUGUGUGUCAAUGUACUUCUAAGGAUGUUAAUCUUAAAAGUGCAGAAGUGUCUAUGUACGAUGAAAGCAUUUACAUACUCUUUUCUCUCUAUAAAGAUGACUCAUUUUUAUUUUAUUUUCAGUGAUGUUUAGGUUUAAGUCUUGAUGAGCUGUUCGCCUCUGAAGGUCACUUGUGCCAAUUCCCGUAGUAUUAAACGGAACAGUUUUAGCUUUUCCCAAGUGGCCUGUUGCUGAACAGCCAAACAUAUUUUCACCUGUAAGUAAAGCUGGCCAUGCUGACAAUGCUACUAUAGUUAGAAAAAUGUAGCUUGCAGAUACUCAUUGAACAGAAAGUAGCUGAUUCUGCUUUUGUCUGGUUGUCACAGAUACAUCUUUACGGAAUUGAUGGUAAUUGGUGGUUGGACUUUAUACUUUUUAUACCUAUUGUUUUUCCUUUAAUGAAGGUUCCUUUGCCAGACUGGCCAUUUAAUAGAAAAAUAGGGUUCCAAACACUACAUUUUGCCUGAUACGCUGAAGUGGCAUUUUGCCAUCAAUUUUUUUUAAAUGCAAACUUAGAAUUUCCUAAGGAGAUUGGUAAAAUGAGACUGGCUAACAUCACUGUCAGGAAUUUUGAAGUCCCCCCCCCCCCGCUAAUUGAUCCAAAAUUCUUCUGUGAAAUAUGCAACUAAACUGGCACGUUAACAGCUUAAUUUGAAUAGAGUAGGCAGUACGCUGCGUGAAGGCAUUGUUUACAACAGUUCAUCACUAUGUAUAAUUUAUUGAAUGCCAACUGAUAGUUGCACCUUAAACUAAAGUAUCCUUUAUGGUCACUGAGUCAAAAUAAGAUGAAGAUUGAAUGUUAAUGAAAGUAACUUAUUGCCUAUUCUGUGUCCUGUUUGCAGAAAGUAAAACUCAUUCCAAAUGACCCAUUUCUCUCUGCCCUCAGUACAUGUACAGAUGGGCUAUAGCAUUAAAAUGUUGAUGAUAAAAAAAAAACCUGUGGUAUUUGUAGAUGAAAGAAUUUAUCACACUUUUUUUCUUCUGCAAGGGGAAGCAUAGUCACUGUUUCAGGCUUAAACUUUUCCAGUUGCCUGUGGAUGCAGCUGCGAGAGUCUAUUGAAGGUAGUUUUCAUUCAGUUUUCCUGAAAAUUUUGAGACUUGUUCUGAGAAACUUUUUUUUUGCACUGAGAAAUGAGCAUUUGAAAAUGCCGCUCAAAAUAGUAAUUGAACAAAACUUCUUGCAAGUAUUAAAUCUCCAUAAUUUAUCUACAUAAAUUUUGUAAUGAUAUUAAUCAUGCAUAUUAUGUUUAACUGGACUACAUAGAUUUAUUACAUUUUUUGUUAAAAGUAUACUCAGUGGACCAAUACAAUAUUUGUGUAUAUAUAAAUAUAUAUUAUAUUCAAGCUUUCCUGUGUAGGGUUUAAAUUUCUGAGUCACUUGAUGUUACAUUUCAUGUUACUGACUGAUUACAGAACCUUUACUCGAAGGUGUCUAAAUAAACCACUGCUGUGUCAACUUAAAUGGCAUUACUUUUGAAGUUUUAAAAGGCUUUCAGGAACUUGUUCAGGUAGAGUUAGUCUCUAUUUAUAGACCUUUGUUUAAAGUUCUAAAAAUAGAUUGUAAUUAUGAAU